CUAAAGAUGACAGAUGAAGAAUUUGAAUGUUUGUUACAAAGGCUACCAACUGACAAUUUAGGGAACAUAAAAUACUUGGACUUCAUGGCUGGAUUUGAAAGCAUGAGUCAGAAUGCAAGCAUCCUUGAUGAUAACAAAACACUAAUGACAAAAUUUACUAAGAAGUACAACGGUUAUCAGGAACUAGGAGGAAAAUCGCCUAGCCCAAGGACUGUGAGAUCAACUGAGCAGCUAUCUAAAAUGAUUAAAGAUCUCUUGAAAAAUAACUUUGAUGAGGUAGACCUGGCCUUUUCAGAACUGGACACUAUGAAUACAAGAAGGCUUUCCAUGGAAACGAUGUACCAGCUGCUCAAAAGACUUAAUAUUCAACCCUCUGUUUCAAGGGACGAGAUCUCUGAACUGUGGAAGCAUAUGAUCCCUAAUCAGGAUAAAACUGUUUCAUUUCUAGAAUUCACACGUCACUUUGGAUUUUCACCUAAGUCAGCCUGCUACCUGAAUGCCAAAGUAUCUCCACCUGUAAAAGGAGAUGGCGAUUUCCUGGUUCGCUCUAGGAAGCUGAACUCUGACACAGAAAUUAUUGAGAAUAAGCUGAGAGCUAAGGUGGCAUUGAGUUUGGAUGAUCUCUGGACUCAUUUUCAAGAACUGGAUACAAAUAAUUCUGGAUUUGUCAGCAAAGAAGAUUUCAGAGAUGUGCUAACCGAACUUUGUCCUGAAUUAAAUAAUUACCAGUUUGAGAUGAUCGCUAACAAAUUUCACCAUGAAGAAAAUCAGAUUUCAUAUGCUGCAUUCCUGCAGCCAUUUGAAGAUCAGAGAGCAGCUUUUCAGUGUUCAAACUCCAAGACAAUGUUGGAGUCGCAACAAAGAGACAUAGCUAUGUACUCAAGCACAAUGCAGAAAGGACUGAAUGCUGUUACUUCCAAACUUCGCAACAAGAUGGGUGGAGACUGGAAGACCCUCCUCAAAGCUUGCAAAAAACUGGAUGUUAACAACACCGGAUACCUGUUGGUACCUGAAUUCAGAGCCAUACUAAAGCUUUGUAAUGUUAUUCUGGAUGAAAAUGAAGUUUAUCACAUAAUGGGGCACUUUGAUAAAGACAUGGUUGGAAAACUUGAUUAUUCAAAGUUUAUUGAAGAGACAAUAAAGAAAAAUAAAUAAUUUGCUUUAUAGUCUUUAUCUGCCUGCAUGCAUGGAAGUCAUUAAUAAAACAUGUAAAUUAUACUUAUUUGUACAUUGGUAAUCAUCUUUAAUUUGAGAAACAGAUUUGAUUUUCUAAAUUGCUCUGCUGAUUUUUAUCAGCUUCUUUUUCUUCUGUAUUUGCAUGUUCACUAUGUAUAACGGAAAGCUAUUAUAUUUACAACAUUAAAAAAGUUUAAGGGCUUUUUAAUAAUGUAAA